AUGGACGACUCGCCUUCAAUAAGUUCGAAGAAAAUGGAUUUACCUCAGGCUCCACCCACCACAUCAAUUCCACGGUUUACGCCUGAAAACGAACAAAUGGAAAUAGAGGAUGAAGGCUAUUCAGAUACGCUACCCACACAAAUGGAGAUUUGGGACCAUUUCACUCCUUACACUGAUAACAAUGGGAAGACUAGGGCUAACUGUAAGUAUUGUGAUAAAGUUUAUGAUGUCGAUGCAUCUAAUAACGUGACUUCAGCAAUGAAUAAUCAUAGGAAAGCUUGCAACAAUCAUCCUCAUAAUGCAUAUGUUGCCGAUAAUCAAGCAAUAGCUAGUUCCUGCAGGAGUGUAACUGAGGAUUCUAGUGAAUUUUCUUCUCACUGGAAAUUUGAUCAGGAAGCCACAAGAAAAGCCUUAGCUCGCAUGGUCAUUAUUGAUAAAUUGCCAUUUAAGUUUGUAGAAAAAGAAGGAUUUAGGCAGUUUGUAUCUGUUGCUUGUCCGCAGUUUAUUGUUCCAUCAAGAACCACCAUAAUUGAAGAUUGUUAUAG